GAUGCUCAUCAUGAACUAAAGAGAGAGAAAGAGAGAGCAAGAGAAGGCAGGCACCAGUCCGCGUUCAGUGAGUCAGUUGCAUGCAACGGAUUCACACAGGCGCGCAUUGAUUGAGCUUUCAGCUACGUCAAACAUUGGUUCCAACACAGCCAUCAAGGAAUAGGACAAUGAGGGUGAAGCCCAGCUCCCUUAUAGGAUGUAAAUAUCAGGGCAGAUAGAGGCUUGGCUUUUUGUGCAAACACCACAGUUCCACUAUGAGGACUUGCUUGCUGGUCAUGCUUUGGGCGUCCCUGUCCCUCUACGUGGAUAACAUGUCUAUUACCAGAAGGAUUGUGGUGGAGAUGGGAGAGAUGGAAGGAGAGAAGGAGGAGGACAGAGAUGGAGGAAAGGGAGAGAAGCUACUGAAGCGUUUCAAACGAGGAUGGAUGUGGAACCAGUUCUUUCUACAGGAGGAGUACACUGGGAGUGACAAGCAGUACAUUGGCAAGCUCCAAUCCGAUAUGGACAGGGGGGAUGGAACCCUGAAAUACAUUCUAAGUGGGGACGGGGCUGGAGACAUAUUUACCAUUGAUGAAAACAAUGGCGACCUCCAUGCCAAUAAGAGACUGGAUAGAGAGGAUAAGGCCUUCUAUACCCUCCGAGCCACCGUGGUCAACAAGAACACAGGCAUAAAACUGGAGCCGGAGACAGAGUUUAUUGUUAAACUCCAUGACAUCAACGACAACGAGCCAAUAUUCACUAAGGAGCUUUACACUGUCAGUGUACCAGAGAGGUCCAAUAUGGGUACUUCAGUCACCCAGGUAACAGCCACGGACGCAGAUGACAGCAUGUACGGGAACAGCGCUAAACUACGAUACAGCAUCAGCCAGGGGCACCCGUACUUCUCAGUGGAACCCGACACAGGCAUAAUCCGGACAGCCCUGGGGCCUGGAGAGAUGGACCGGGAGAAGCGGGAACACUACCAGGUAGUGAUUGAGGCCAAGGACAUGGCGGGCCAGAGGGGCGGCUUAACCGGGACGACCACGGUCAAUAUCACCUUGACAGACGUCAACGACAACCCCCCGCGCUUCUCCCAGAGCAUAUAUCAGUUCAGCGUUCCAGAAUCCAUGAAAGCUGGAACUCCUGUUGGCAGAAUCAAAGCAGUGGAUAAAGACCUUGGGAAGAAUGCAGAGAUGUUCUACAACGUUGUCGGCGGGGACGGCUUGGACAUGUUCGAUGUCAUCACAGACAAAGACUCACAGGAAGGCAUCAUUACUGUUGGAAAGCCAUUGGACUAUGAAAAGACCCGAUCCUACACACUGGAGAUCCAGGUACAGAACACUCAGACCUUGGACACUCGUUUCCUAGGGUACCUACCCACCAAGGACAUGGCCACAGUCAGGAUUGGUAUAGAGGAUGUGGAUGAGCCUCCUCUGUUUGAGAGAGCCAGCUACAUGAUGGAGGUGAAGGAGGAUGCAGCCGUGGGUACUGCAGUAGGGUCUGUCAGGGCCAUGGACCCGGAUGGAUACAACAGCCCAGUCAGGUACUCCAUUGAUCGUCGCACAGAUCUGGACCGGCUUUUUAACGUGCAUUCUGGGAAUGGGUCCGUAUUCAUCACAAGACCUCUCGACCGAGAAGAAGCUGCCUGGCACAACAUUUCUGUUAUCGCAACAGAGUUCAACAAACCUCUGCAGACCAGUCGGGGGCCUGUUUAUAUCCGUCUUCUAGAUGUCAACGACAACGCACCAACAUUUGCCUCUUUCUACGAGACGUUUGUUUGUGAAAAGACCAAGGCUGGACAGAAGAUCCAGACGGUGAGUGCGGUGGAUGCAGAUGACCCCGCAGGUGGACACAAGUUCUUCUUCAGUCUGGCUACUGAGGGAGCUUACAGAGGCAACUUCACAGUCAGAGACAAUGGAGAUAACACAGCUGGCGUCCUAACCCGGCGCUCCAGCUACAGCCGACUGCACAAGAGCGUCUACCUGGUUCCUGUGGUGAUCACAGACGGGGACUUCCCCAUGCAGAGCAGCACGGGGACGCUGACGGUGCGCGUGUGCACCUGCGACCGCGAGGGCAACAUGGAGCUGUGCAACGCCGAGGCCCAGACUAGCUCAGCUGGACUCAGCACCGGGGCCCUGGUGGCUAUCCUGCUUUGUGUUAUUAUCCUCCUCAUGAUCAUAGUUCUGUUUGCGGCACUGAAGAAGCAGAAGAAAAAGGAGCCUCUGAUCAUCUCUAAAGAGGACGUGCGAGACAACGUCGUCAGCUACAACGACGAGGGGGGCGGAGAGGAGGACACCCAAGCCUUCGACAUCGGGGCUCUGCGUAACCCCGAAGCCAUCGAGGAGAGCAAGCAGAGGCGGGACAUCAUCCCCUCGGACACGCUGUACCCCCCUCUCAGACAGACAGUCAUUCCAUCGCGGGACAACGCCGAUGUCCGGGACUUCAUAAACCAAAGGGUGCAGGAUAACGACAAUAACCCCACCGCCCCCCCUUAUGACUCUCUGGCCACAUAUGCCUACGAGGGAACCGGUUCAGUGGCUGAGUCUCUCAGCUCCCUAGGGUCAGCUUCCUCUGAAGGGGACCAGGACUACAACUACCUCAGUGACUGGGGGCCCCGCUUCAGGAAACUGGCUGACAUGUACGGGGCUGAGGACAGCGACUGUGACUCCUAACACACUACCUGACCUGUUUCUGGGGCCGGAGCUAGGAGGAUGAACUAUGAACUAUAACUGACUGUAAUCUCUCUUCUCAAAAAAUGAGGACAAAUGUUGCAGCCCGAGUUUUUUACAAAGUGCCCUUUUAUUUCUUCCAACGCAACUAUAGGCCAUAGCUCUUUCUGAUGGCCAGACCAGAUAGAGACUGUGCAGCUGUGUGGAAUCUUUUUUUUUUACUAUUUUAGUGCAAGGCCAACUUUUCCAGAGAAGGUGAACUUCAGUUAAUGAUCCUGAGUUCAAUGUCAAAAUAAACUAUACAUAUAUACAUUUAUUUUUAUUUUCUGGUUACAUCUGUAUCUAUAUGCUGCAUUGGAAGGGAUUACAUAUUUCUCUGAAUAAUUCUGUGUAUUCUUGAGAGAUAUCUCCUAUAGUUUCUCUGUACUGUUACUGAAGUGCAGUAUGUUGUACUUUGUAAAUUUGAGUGUUUUAGUGAAUUUGAACUUUGCUUUUCCAGGAACAAGGAACUGGAAUUGAACAUCUCUUUAGGUAAUUCUUCGUACCUUAUUUUAAAAUGGCCAAAUACUUUAAAUGGCAGGAAAGCCCAGGACCAAAAUAAAACAUUUCUUCAUGAAAGUUUAUGGAACUUGGGCAGCCACUCUGUACUUACUCCAUUCCCCUAUCAAGCCUUCUGAUGCACAGAAAGUUCACUAUUCCAAUUAGACGUUGUUUGUUUAUUUCGCCAAUCAUUUAUUAUGUGAUCCGUCCAUUUUUUGGAACUGUAUCCAAGAGUAACUCUCUGAAGACAUGCUUUGAUACAAGGACUUGAUGUGUGUAUCUCUGCACAUGAUGAUGAAUGAAGAAAUGGAUGGAGAUGAGGUUUGAUGCUCUAAGAUUUACAGCGAAUUUCAGCAACAUCUGACAA